GUCUGACUCUGACUUGGUCGUCGACUUUCAUCUCCACCGUCCACCCUCUGCGGUUCUACGCCUCGUCAGCCCUCAGCGCCUCCGGGCUCCUACAGUCCUUACGAUGGGUGCAUACUACGACGAGGUGGAGAUUGAGGACAUGGUAUGGGACGAGGAGAAGCGGGUAUACCACUAUCCUUGUCCCUGCGGCGAUCGCUUCGAGAUCUCCCGCAAGCAGCUGGCUAACUACGAGGACAUCGCGACAUGUCCGAGCUGCAGCUUGGUGAUACGAGUCAUAUACGAUCCCCUCGAUUACGAGGAUGAGCCUGACGACUCCGACGAGGGCGCGGCUGAGGAGUCUUCUGGGGAGGAGGAUGAGGAAAGCGAUGAUGAUGAGUUCGAGGAUGCUCUCGACCGUCUUACCAUCGCCGAUGAGCAGCCCCGUGCGAUCGCUGCCGCGGCAUAGGCAGCUCGCGCAACAUUCGCCAGCCGUCACGACUGCUCGCGGACGGUGAUUCUAAACACCUAUAUGUUGGACGUAAUGCUGUAUGCUCCGGAGGAUUUCACCCGCAUUCGAUCUUGCUGUAGCUAUUAGUUUAUCCUACCAAGAAUGACCAUCGUCAUUAUGUAGUUCUACUGGGUCCAUCGUACAUGUACACCUUUGAAGUCUGAAGGUUCUGCAUGUCUGCAGCCUUCGAUGCACACCCCUUAGACAUA